UGAGGUUGGCAAAUCUGUGGACAAUCAAAUGGACAAAUACAUGUAAUAAUUUAGAAGUUUUCUUUCUCUCUUUGCUUUUACUCCGCUUCCCUUUUUUUCUUCUGUUUUUGUUUCUGUUUUUGUUUGUUUUUCUCGUGCAUUUCUUCUCCCGAUCCUGAUGUGGCCGUGCUGUUAACCCUUUCUCGCCCUCCCCUCCCCGAUUUAGAGUUACAAUAAUGGGGAAAUCAGAAAGUCAAAUGGAUAUUGUGGAAAAAUCGACCAAAUCCGGGAAGAAGCCCUGGAGCUUUGUGGCCAUCGGGCUGGCUGUCCUGCUGCUCCUCAUGACUUGUGCUGCCGUCGCCCUGGUGAUCCUCUAUGCCAGCAGCAGAGGCAACAUCUGCACCACCCCUGGGUGUGUGACAGCAGCUGCCAGAAUAAUCCAGAACAUGGACCCCACAGCUGACCCGUGCAAGGAUUUCUACCAGUACGCCUGCGGGGGCUGGCUGAACCGGCACGUGAUCCCAGAGACCAGCUCCAGAUACAGCAUCUUUGACAUCCUGAGAGACGAGCUGGAGAUCAUCCUGAAAGGUGUGCUGGAGACUCCAGAUCAAGGGGACAGAGAAGCAUUUCAGAAAGCUAAAAUCCUUUACAAGUCCUGCAUGAAUGAGAGUCUUAUAGAGCAACGAGAUUCCCUCCCUCUGCUGGAGGCCUUGAGGAUGGUUGGAGAUUGGCCAGUGGCUUCUGCAGACUGGAGUAAGACCAAAGAGCCAAGCUGGAGCAUGGAGGAAAACCUUUCCAUAAUGAACUCCAGGUUUAACAAACGUGUCCUCAUUGACAUGUUUGUGUGGAAUGACGACCGGGAUUCCAGCAGACACAUCAUUUAUAUUGACCAGCCAAGUUUGGGAAUGCCAUCCAGGGAUUACUACUUUAAUGGGGGCAACUAUCAAAGAGUGAGAGAAGCUUAUCUGCAGUUCAUGAUCACCAUCGCCAAAAUGAUCCGGGAAGACAAGAACGUGUCCAAAGAUGAUUCCUUUGUCCAAGAGGAAAUGGUAAAGGUCAUGGAGUUUGAAACAGAGAUUGCAAAUGCCACGACCCCCGCAGAGGAAAGGCAUGAUGUGACCUUGUUGUACCACAAAAUGACCUUAGCAGAGCUGCAGGAAAAGUUUGCAUUCAAUGAAUUUAACUGGACCUUCUUCAUCCAACGUGUCAUGUCUUCAGUAAGUGUUCAAGUGGACCCAGAGGAAGAGGUGGUUGUGUAUGGGAUGCCAUAUCUGCAAGAGCUGAAAGCAAUUAUAUCCAAGUACUCAGCCAGCACCAUCCAGAACUACCUCAUCUGGCGGCUGGUGAUCGAUCGGGUCAGCAGCUUGAGCCGGCGCUUCAAGGACGCUCGGGCCAGCUACAGGAAGGCCCUGUACGGGACGACGCUGGAGGACGCGCGCUGGAGGGAGUGCGUGAGUUACGUCAACAACAACAUGGAGAACGCGGUGGGAGCCAUGUAUGUCCGGGAGACUUUUGCUGGUGAGAGCAAGAGGAUGGUCCGGGAUUUAAUAGAGAAGAUCCGUGAAGUGUUUGUGGAGACUUUGGAUGAGUUACAGUGGAUGGACGAGGCGUCCAAGGAGAAAGCUCGUGAGAAGGCAAUGGCAAUCAAAGAACAAAUUGGCUACCCAGAUUAUAUUUUGGAAGAUCAGAAUGAGAAACUGGACCUGGAAUAUGCCAAUUUAAACUUCAGUGAACACAACUACUUUGAAAACAUCCUGGAAAACCUGCAAGCUGGAGCCCAAAAGAGCCUGAAAAAGCUUCGAGAGAGAGUUGACCAAGAUAUAUGGAUAAUUGGAGCUGCAGUGGUCAAUGCAUUCUAUUCCCCUAACAGGAACCAGAUAGUUUUUCCUGCUGGCAUUCUCCAGCCCCCCUUCUUCAGCAAACACCAGCCCCAGGCCCUGAACUUUGGAGGGAUUGGGAUGGUUAUUGGACAUGAGAUCACUCACGGGUUCGAUGACAACGGUAGGAAUUUUGACAAAGAUGGGAACAUGCUGGACUGGUGGAGCAAUUUCUCAGCGCUGCAUUUCAAGGAGCAGUCCCUGUGCAUGGUGCACCAGUAUGGGAACUACACCUGGGAGCUGGCUGGGGGACAGAACGUCAGUGGCAUAAGCACAUUAGGAGAAAAUAUUGCAGAUAACGGAGGAGUCCGACAGGCUUAUAAGGCCUACUUGAAGUGGCUGGAACGGGAAGGGAAGGAGCCAAAGCUGCCUGGACUGAACCUGUCCCACAAACAGCUUUUCUUCCUCAACUUUGCCCAGGUUUGGUGUGGCUCCUACAGACCAGAAUAUGCCAGUCAGUCCAUAAAGACAGACGUCCACAGCCCUCUGAAGUACAGGGUGAUGGGCUCCUUGCAGAACUUUGAAGCCUUCUCCGAGGUGUUCCACUGUAAGAAGGGCACGGCCAUGCAUCCCGCAGGGAAGUGCCGGGUGUGGUAA